AUGGAUAGCUUUAGAAAAGCCUAUGGGGCGCUUAAAGACUCCACCACUGUUGGCCUAGCCAAGGUCAAUAGCGAAUUCAAGGAUUUGGAUAUUGCAAUUGUCAAGGCCACCAACCAUGUCGAAUGUCCGCCGAAGGAACGGCACGUUAGAAAAAUAUUUGCUGUGACAUCCGUAUCUUGCCCGAGAGCUGAUGUUGCUUAUUGCAUCCAUGCACUGUCGAGAAGACUGGCAAAGACGCGCAGUUGGAUUGUUGCCCUAAAGACAUUGAUAGUCAUUCAUAGGACAUUAAGAGAGGGAGAUCCCACCUUCAAAGAGGAGUUUCUAUACUAUUCUCGAAGAGGACAUUUAUUUCAAAUCUCCAAGUUCAAGGAUGAUUCGAGCCCUCACGGGAAAGAGAAGAUUUCUCAGAAGAAAGUCUCAAUUUGUAAUAGAAAGGUUUUCUUAAAAGUCUGA